ACACCACAGCCAUACAGUAUCACGUAUGUUACCACCCUUCCUUCCUGUGGCGGUGGGCAGGGUCGCCUGUGUUGACAAACAUUUAUUCUCUCACUAGGGCGGAGAUUUUUUCAUUUUGCGAGUCAAAAAGCUGCUAAAUAAACGCUUUAUUAAAUAUAUAGGAAUACACACGAAAGGAUUAUUGUUUGGUAUUAAAUGCAAGUAUGGGUUGCUGCCUGACUGUUGGACCAAAUGAAGCGCUCGUUGUGUCAGGUGCCUGUUGUGGGUCAGACGCAAAGACAUAUGUGGUGGGAGGCUGGGCAUGGGCAUGGUGGCUUAUAUCAGACACACAGAGAAUUACACUAGAGAUUAUGACACUACAGCCUAAGUGUGAAGACGUGGAGACAGCGGAGGGAGUCGCUAUUACAGUUACAGGAGUUGCUCAAGUCAAGGUUAUGACUGACAAAGACUUGCUGGCUGUUGCCUGUGAGCAGUUUCUGGGAAAGUCUGUCAUGGAAAUCAAGGCUGUGGUCCUGCAAACCCUGGAGGGACAUUUGCGUUCUAUCUUAGGCACUUUGACAGUGGAGCAGAUCUACCAGGACAGAGAUGAGUUCGCUCGGCUGGUGAGGGAGGUGGCAGCUCCUGAUGUGGGCCGGAUGGGCAUUGAGAUCCUCAGCUUCACCAUAAAAGAUGUCUAUGAUAAGCUGGACUACCUGAGCUCUCUUGGAAAAACUCAGACAGCGGCUGUACAAAGGGACGCUGACAUCGGAGUGGCGGAGGCAGAGAGGGAUGCUGGGAUUAGAGAAGCUGAGUGCAAGAAAGAAAUGAUGGAUGUGAAGUUCUUGGCCGACACUAAAAUGGCCGACUCCAAGCGAGAGCUGGAGCUGCAGAAAGCUGCUUUCAAUCAAGAAGUGAACACUAAGAAAGCAGAGUCUCAGCUGGCCUAUGAACUACAGGCAGCUAAAGAGCAGCAGAAGAUCAGAUUGGAGGAGAUCGAAAUCGAGGUUGUGCAGAGGAAAAAGCAGAUCUCCAUUGAGGAGAAAGAAAUUGAGAGGACAGAGAAGGAGCUGAUUGCGACGGUCAAGCGUCCUGCUGAAGACACAAUUUGUAUGUCCUCCAUGUGCUUGUAUGCAUGCCUGACAACGUCGGGGCAUGCUCCUAAUGAGACGACGGAUGGUGUCCUGGGGUGUUUCCUCCCAGAUCUGGACCAGGGCAUCACUGAGCUCCUGGACAGUCUGAGGUGCAACCUGGCGGCGUCGGAUGGACCGAAACAUAAUGUCCCGUUGCCGGGCAGAACUGCCUGCAUACUCUCACCACAUGAGGCCGGGCAUUGUCGUGCACCAGGAGGAACCCAGCCAGGACCCACUGCACCAGCUGUCCAUCUGUGCUUCUCUUCUACUUUUAGAAUAAUGUUUCACAGAUGUGGCACAGAUGUUAAUCAUGUAUCCAUUAUGUAUCUGAGGAACAGAUCUGUGACACACACCAAGAUGAAUUGUGCUAUAUUCGUGACACUGAACAGGUUGAAGAAAGUGCUGAUUGCUCAGGCUGAGGCAGAGAAGAUCAGGAAGGUCGGAGAGGCGGAGGCCAUCUCUAUCUCAUCCGUGGGGAAGGCCGAGGCUGAGAGAAUGAGGCUGAAGGCAGAGGCCUACCAGCAGUACGGAGAGGCCGCCAAGACUGCGCUCGUCCUGGAAGCACUUCCCAAGAUCGCUGGAAAGGUAGCAGCUCCUCUGGCCAGGACCAAUGAGAUUGUUAUUCUGAGUGGGGAUGGCAGCCGCGUGACCGGGGAGGUGAACCGUCUCCUCGCUGAGCUGCCUGUGUCUGUUAAUGCACUCACGGGUGUGGACCUGUCCAAGAUCCCUCUGUUGCAGAAGAUGACAGGUGCUCAAGCAUGAAGUCAAUCAGUUGCAUCUCCUCCAUGAUAUGUUGUAUGCACUCACAGAAACUGCCUUUAGAAGACUUGGAAAUCUUUUUUUUUUUUUUUUUUUUAUUAAAAAAACAAAAACA